AUGACUCUUUCUAUAACCAUUUCUCAGUAAAUCAAGGCUUACAAUUUGGCAGCGUGUCCAACCUUGCCUGAAUUCUUGGAAACAGCUUACAAAACUCAGAAGUCUUUGAAAAAGAAUGAGCAAUUUCGCAAGCGUAUUGAGGUUAUUCAAGGGUUCGAAUUCAACACAGCUUCAACUCAAAUCGAAGAGAGCAAUGAUCACCAGUACAUCGUUGCGGCAGGACUCUAUGCUCCUUCGAUAAAGAUUUUCGAAACAUCGCAAUUAUCAAUGAAAUGUAGUCGAGGCCUAGAUUCAGAAAUAGUAAAAUUUUGCAUAUUGGGAGAUGAUUACAAAAAAAUUGCAAUGGUUUGCGAGGAUCGUAAUAUUGAGUUGCAUGCCCAAUAUGGAAAGCAUUUCAAACUGAGAGUUCCAAAAUAGCCAACCGAUAUGAUUUACAACCCUUACAAUUGCAACUUGUUGGUGUCAUCUUAGAAUGAAGAUAUCACUCGGUUGAAUCUAGAACUUGGAUCAUUUGUAGAAUCUUAUACUCUUUAAUAAGAGACUGGUGUGAACUGCUUAAGUAUGCAUGACUAAUUGCAAUUGGGACUUGUGGGAGGCAAUAAAUAGCUAAGUAUCAUUGAUUUUAGAAGUGAUUAAAUUGUUUAGCAAUUGGGUGUGAGUGAUGUCACUAGUAUAGCCACUCAGAAUCUUUAGGUAGCUUUGGGAACAGCGGAAGGAUAAAUUAAAUUAUUUGAUUUACGAAAGCAUAUCCCAAUCCAUGUCUAUCAACAUCAAUAUCGAUUGCCUAUCAAGAAGAUAGUUAUGAAUGAGGAUAUGAUUGUAUCAUGUGAUGCAAAGAUAUUAAAAUUUUGGCAGGGAAAUCGUUUAUUCACUAACAUAGAACCGUAAAGUGAAAUUAAUUCUUUUACUUGGGUGAAGAAUUCAGGAAUGUUUUUAUUGGCUUUGGAAUAACCAAGGAUGGGUAUUUAUUUCAUCCCAUAAUUGAAUGCUGCUCCUAAAUGGUGUCCAUUUUUGGACAAUUUGACUGAAGAGAUGGAGGAGGAAGAGCAAUAAACAGUGUAUGAUGAAUAUAAGUUUUUAUCAUAUGAGGAAUUGGAGAAAUUGGAUGCAUUGCAUUUAUUGGAAACUGCCAUGUUAAAGCCUUAUUCGCAUGGAUAUCUUAUUCAUUUGAAAUUGUACUUGAAACUCAGAUAGUAAAAGGGUCUCGACUUUGAAGAUUACAAAUAGAAGAGGAUUUAAUAAAAUUAUGAGAAAUAAUUGGAGGCUGAGAGGGUCAGCAAAGGGUAUGUGAUACCUGAAGAGCCAGAAAUGGAGUAGCCUGUAAAAAAGAUUGAUCCAAGAUUUGAGAAGAUGAUCAAGGAUCAUGAUUACACAGUGGACAAGAAAUCUGAGGCUUGGAAGAGAGCCCAUCCUAGUGAAGUAAGAGUUAAGAAAUAAAUAAAUAAAAACAAGAGAUGA